UUUAUUGUGAAAGGGCACCCGGAAGUUGGAGAUUCUACCAGAAACAACUUGACAUGCUGAUAAUCAGAGUAGUGUGUUCCUGGAAAGUGUGUGGAUCUUUAUUUUAAUUUGAGGCUUUCUCUCCCGGUGGUGUGGCCGGGGUUUGUCGGGGUAGAUGGGUUGUUGAAGGAGAUGCAGGGUGGGACGGAUUCUUAACGGGACGUUUACAGACGCUACGAUCUCUCCCGUCCGGUUGUUAUGGAGCAGCCUCCUGGGAGCGUAGAUGAUCUACAGCCUCAAGACCUAUCCACCUCCAGCAUCCCCACUGUGAUCGAUCUGACCAGGAAAGGUGAGGAAUGCGUCCUCAAUGCCACAUCUCUCGACACCCUGCGGAUGGUAAAGGGCCCCGGCUGGUUCCCGAACUCCGGGACCAGCAACAGCCCGGGACUAUCCUUCUCAGAGACCGGUUCCUCGGACAUUGCGCUCCAGUCCGAGGAUCACAUCCAACCAGACAAUGCCUUCUCCCACACUACAGUCACCCUCUCCUACGUGAGCCGGUCUCACGUCUUCUCCGCUCAAGACUCCCUGUCUCAACACUCGCCUCUGUACACCAUGCCACCCAUCAGCAAGUUUUCCCUCCACCCUACAUGUGAUCCAGAUAAAGGGCUCGAGGAGUCUGGAUUUCCUCUGAACCAGCAUUACUUGGAGCAGGUUGAGGGCCCGGUGGACCUCGCCGCUCAGACAGAACUUUUGCAGUCGUUGUCUCAGGCUCAGGUGGGACCAGAGGACGAUGGGGGGGUAUCUCUAGGGCAGGAGUUUAACGGUGGAGGUGAAGAGAAAGAGGAACGCGGAGUUAUUUGGGAAAACAGCCGGGGGUUGGAGAACGGUGGAGGUGUCAGCCGGUUGAGUUCGGGAGCAGGUGCCGAAUCCUCGCCAGAGACUCCCACCCCAGCGGCCGUCGAGAACAAGGAGAGGGGGGACUCCGAGGUGCUCUUCCUUGUGUCAAAAAAGCAGGAUGCGGUGGUUGGUGCUAGAGACCUGUGUUCACUGAGCAGGGAGUACAUCAGUCCUCUGGAGGACCCCGUCUCCCCCUCUGCUACCUCACUGGACGACGUGGAGGACGUGUUCGUCCUGCCUCAGGCCUCCAGCUCGCCCAGCGGCGACAACUCUUACCCAGAGACGACUGAGGAGGCGGCGUGGGACGGCCUGAGCACAGAGGGGGCCAUUCAGCCGGGCUCUGGCAUCAGAGACGGCGCCACAAGGUUGGAUUCAAGCGAUAAAAACAAGCAGCCAGUCCACAGACGGAAGGCCACGAUAGAGCCUUUGAUUGACUUGACAGAUGAUCUUUGUGUGUCCGACGUUUUGGAGGACAAACCCAAGACUGUCGUCCCGCACAUAAACGGGAACGCAAAGGCACUACAGAGGACUUUAAAGGAGAAGAAGCUGCCGUUACGCUCCAGCAGAGGGACGCGGUUAGAGGCGAUUGUUAUGAAUAUAAACUCAAGCAGGUAUAAAGUGUCAGGAUGUAUACGCUCCAAUAAGAAAGGCAGUGCUUCCCAAUCAGCAGCGAGCGAUUCCAACUCAACCAGUCCCAAGAAGAAUGACACCCUGUCCGUAGAGAAAAGGAAAAGCAGAGCAAGGCCAUCUUUCUCAGUGAAAACAAUAAAACAAAAAGCAGUAACUCCAGUAAAAAGGGGAGAAACUAAUAACGCUGACAGUUGCAAAGACUCUACCUCCGAUUCUGAAAUCCUCAGUAAUUCAAAAAAGUCACUCAGCAGCACACCUCCAAAAAGUCCUCAGCUGGCCAAGAGGUCAAAGAAAGAGCCAGCGGAUGUUUCGCAGCCUGCAUACUCGCCACAGAGUAAACCUGCAAAGUCAAAGAGGAAACCCUCGUCGCCGUCGAGUGAGAACUCAAAGAAGGAGCCGGCGCUUCUAUCUCACCCCGACCCCCCCUCAGUGGAAAUUAAUGUGGCGAGAUUUUCCCCGCCGCCGCCGAAAUCUCCAAAGAAAAGUCAAGGGAAAGCCAAAGUCAAGGCUACAGGUAGCAGAACACCUCCCGUCGCUAAGACGAAGGCAGCUCGCACCCCCAAGAGGAGGCGAAAGAAAUACAAAGGCGGCCAGUCGUCCUCCAUGUUCUCCCCCAAGGAGCCAGAGAUCAAACUGAAGUACGUCAACUACAAGGAGGAGAAACGGGAGCUGAGAUUGGACAGUUUCUCUCCGUUUGUCCGCGUGGAGCGCCGUCAGUCGUCGCCGUCGCUGUGCACGGUCAUCAACUACCCUGAGGAGGUGAGGACGCAGCACAGGAAGGGCCAGCAGCAGCAGCAGGUUCAACCCGGUGGCUUCAUCUCUGCCGUCAUACCCAGCACUUCCUGUCUCCAGCUGGGCCGGGUGUCCAUGCACAGCCAGCACCAGCGCUCUCUCGUCUGCUGCCUGUGUGGGCAGUCAGCCAACGCCAUGGACCUGGGGGACCUCCACGGGCCAUACUACCCAGAGGGGUACCAGCCGAGUGCCAAAACGCCAGCGAGUGUGUCAGGCCUCAAGGAGGAUGACUACAGCGAUUCAGACUCCUCAUCCUGCAGCGUCAGAGGCAGGAGGAGAAGGAGGAAGUGCGCUGGUCCGCCCACGCCUUGGUCUUUCAAGCAGAAGGGCCUCCUGGAGAGCCACAGGUGGACCGGGGACGGCACUGGCAGUCCUGCAGCGAAGCGGGCUCGCUCAGAUGCCGGUGCUGCAGAUGUGGAGGACUGGUACAGCCCCCCUGUGCUGCCUCUGGAGCCCUGCGAGUACUGGCUCCACGAAGACUGCGGCAUCUGGUCCGCUGGAGUUUUCCUCGUGAAGGGCAAAGUCUACGGACUGGAGGAGGCCGUCAGGGUGGCGCAAGAGACGAUGUGUUCGGCGUGCCGUGAUCCAGGUGCUACACUGGGCUGCUUCUUCAAAGGUUGUCCCAACAAGUACCACUACAGGUGUGCUCUGGAGUCAGACUGUGUACUCAUUGAAGAAAACUUCUCCAUGAAGUGUAAAAAGCACAAGAACAAGACAUUCAAAGCCCCUCCAGGGAACAGAUGGGAUGACAGGUGACGAAGCUAGCAGAAACCUCAUGAGACGUUCACCUGCAACAUCCUGCAGGCCCCCCCCCCCUCCCCCUUGCUGGUAACCAUGGCGACAGUGGACCAGGGUUCUUCUGACUGACAGCUAGCACCCAUAAACCUUAACUUCACCCUCUGCUCUUCAGCUGCACUGUUACCCCCCCACCCUCCAACACUGGAGGAGCCCGGUCACCUCCACCUCCCUCAGCCCAGUCUGACGGUACUCAUCAGCCAAUAACACACCUGCAGACUGAGGGAAAACAAAGAAAAACCCUCCUCUCACUUCACUUAAAAGUAACAUGCUGAAUUUGUCAUUUGUGUAGUUAUUUAUAUGGAUUUUUUUGGAUUAGAUAUGAAUGAUAAUCAAAGAUAUUUAAUUUUUUAAAAGAUUUUCUAAGUAUUUGAUUAUAUUUGGUUUAUUUAUUCCUGAAGUUCCUUAUUGGCUUCUUUAGCAGUUGUCAAAGAGGUUUGAUUGUGUGUGCUUUUUUUUUUUUUUUUUUAAGUUAUUGGUAAAGCAGUUCAAUGUUAUAAAAUAUCAAGCCAGUCAGGGAAGAUGCUGGUUUUAUUAAAGAGAUGGGACAGAAGAGAAAAAGGGCUGGGCGGUCCAUAAGGUCUGUUUACAUAUCAGCCAAUUGAUUUUUGUUUUGGAGUUGGAAUCAGAAAGCAGGUGAUGAGCCUUUUCCUGUUUUUCUUGUUGGAAUAAUGAAAACAUUAUUGUUUUAACAAAGGGAAAACGAGGAAUCAGUUACAGGCUUAAAAACCGUCUAGCUAGCACAGUCCUUUUCUGUGCUGCUCAGCUAAAGCAAAUAAAGCUGGUCUUAGCUAGCUUUCUACACCCAGCUAAGGUGAAAAUGGAUUACCUUAGCUAGCUAUUUUUGCUAUUUUUAGGCAGCACAGAAAAUGAUUGAAACAUGAAGAUGUGGGUGUUUCUUGCAAAUCUGUUUUCACCUUAGCUGAGAGAAGCCUUGUUAGCCUUAGCUGGGCAGCACAGAUGCUGGUUAACGGGGAUCCUGUGUUGUCAUUCAUUGGGUGACUUCUGGGGCAAAAUCAAAAAAACUUAAUGCAUGAAGAAACACACAGUUUUUAAGCCGAUAACUGGAAAAAACUAAACAAAACUAUUUGUGCUUUGUUUUUCGAUUUCUGUUGUUCCACAACAAAAAUUGUAAAAUGGUUUGUUUUUCAUUUCUGGUUUCUUAUUCCAAAACAAAAAACGGGAAAAGGCUCAUAAUAUGAAACUUAAUUGGCCGUUGCGUAAACUGACCCAUAAAUGACCCUCACAGAAACAAGGUACCUGAUUGGACACUGUCAACACAACAGGGUUCCAGAUUUUGGAUUACACACACACACACACACACACACACACACUCACAGCAUUAUGUUUUGUUUCUGGUGCAAAAGGAAAGUCAGAUGCACUCACAUGACACUUGCACUAAACAAUGGGCCCAGUUGGUGUUAACUGAGGGAACUGAACAGUGUGUGUUUGAAUGUAUUUCCCCCCCAUGAGUGAGGGGUUUUUGCAGGAAGCACUUUGGAGUGGCAGUGAACACGUCUGCUCCCGCUGCAGUAUUACCUUCUCCGGCUGUUUCACCUCCAUCUCCCCCCCCACCCAAAAACCUGCUUCAGGCUCUGUAGGGUUGAACUUAAAGACACCAUGUGAUUUCGUUUGGCUUAAAGCACUUUGGCUUCUCACGUCAGUCUGAGAGCAUUUAAUUGUGCCCCCAUGUCGUGUUGGUAUCUUAAUGGAAUCUCAGUAUGAUUCAUCGUGAGCCCUGUUAGCCCUGUUAGCUGUCGGAGCUGCAGUCAUUUCUUUCUGUUCAGCUUCAUUUAUCUGAACUAUAUCUGACAUUACUAAAACCCUGUUCUGUUAACGACAGGACAACCAGUGUCACUAAAAAAAAUGUAAAAAAAGAAUGUAUGUGUGCAGAUGUAACACUCACCUCCAUGCUGAGAAUCUUUGGUUUACAUCAACGUUAAUGUCAGUAGCAGAGGCCAUGCUAGUAUUAAGAUUUCUGAUCUGAUCUAGUGCGAUUUUUAUUUCUCGACUUUGGGCCUAAAUGGUGCAUUUCCACCAGAACCUUUCUGAAAAAGCCUUAUCUGAUGUACCAGAGGUAUACAUAGUUCUUUCCUCUUUAGCUUGUGGUGCAAAGACAAAUCAGUGGAUGUACCCCCCUCCCCUCCCUUUGGACAUCCUAAUGACUGAAGGCAGCUUACAUUCACUUUUUUCUGCUGCAGACUUAUUAAAAUCAGGGGCACAGUAGGCCAUUUCCUAACGAACCCUCCGACCCACGCAGGUACACACUGACUCUCUGGGACUCUGAGAUUAGUUCCCAGUGUAUUAGUACCUGUUCAAUCAGGUGUGGAGGUCUGGCCAGCCUGUCUGUUUCUUUUGUUUGUUUUUUAGAGAAAUCUAUGUGAUCAGUGUUGGUGUAACGUCUCUGUGUGUACUUUUCGAUACCGCCAAUAGGGGCAGCGUUGUGCUGUCUGAGACCAGAGGUGAGGUCUGUCCAGCCGUGGUUCACUGUUAACAGAAAUCCACACAGAGGCAGCUGAAGGUUUCCUCUCUGCUCAGUGUCUCACCAGCAGCACGACACAACACACCCAAUCUCCUUAUCCCGGGACACCACUUCUCUUUCAUUUGUGCCAUCAUUAAUUAAUGUUUAUUUUAUAUUUUAUUGGAGUAAAAUUCACUUUUUUUUUUUUUAAACGGGCAGGUGUGUCAGAGAGCCGUUGUUUGCAUUGUACCAAAUACAGCUUUGGAAUAUGUUCUAUUCUUAACGAAAUGUUUGGAUUUUUUUUGUCCGUGUGUUAAUCUCAGGGCUGAAUCUCAGAUAUUCUAAUGAUUUUAAUUUUAUUUCUCUUCUUCUCUCUCUUUUUUUCUGUGUUAACUCCACAUUGACUGGAGCAAUGAUACAUGUAGCAGGAUGUGGCUAAUCUCCUCCGAUGCAAACCUUUUCUGUCCUGGUACACACUACCCCAUCACAUUCCAACACAGCUCCUCCUCCAUGUGUCUGACAGUGCUGUGGUGUUUUUUUAGGUUUAACAUGGGACUAGGACUGCCAACUUGUGUCACUGUUUUUUCUUCUUCUUUUUUGUUUUGUUUUGUUUUUUUAAAUUUUAUGGCAACUUUUUGUACCGUCAUGCUCACCUCUUGGAGUAUCAGAGGUCAUGUAAUUGUCAAAAAUAAAUAUUUUGUUCAAUGUUG